AAGUGAUGCAUGCUCUUCUUUUCAGCUGCUUAUCUUGAUAUAUAGUGAUCUUUCUAGAAAUUUACAGGUCCAGUGCAGAGCUAUCCUUAUUGUGGGCGUGAUUGUUUUGUUUUGUUUUCCCUUGUCUCUUGCAGCAGUGGGAGAUGCAAAAUCCAUCCUACAAACACAGCGCGGAUUCUUCCAUCCCAAUGCUUCCCAAUCCUCCUUUUCUGAGAAAUGAACACACAUAUAGACGAUAAUGGGAAGUUGAAUGGAUCAUACAGAAUGGAAGACCAUGAUGAGGUCUGCUUGGGUUGAGAUAGUCCAUGCAAAACACUGGUUUGUCAUCUCGGGAUCAGAAUCUAUCUGCCAUUGUCACUUGAGAUGCUAACAGUAUAUUAUAUAGACAGACAGACCGGCAUAAUACGAAGAGACAUGGAUAUAACCGCAUACUUAGAUGGAGAUGGAGAUAGCAACGAGGUUAUAAUCGCCAGCCGAGACUCGCAUCGCAAUACAACCAGACAUGACAGAAUCACAAAAUCUCCAUCAAAAGUGCCUUUGCUUUUCCAUCCAGAUGUAAACAUUAUGAAUUCUCCUUUUCGCUAUGUCUCAGUGGUUGCUCCCGGAUCAACGGCUGCCAAUGCGUCCCGAUCUGCAUUUAAAUUUGACGUCGCCAAUGGGACGUUCAUCCGUUGAAGCGAUCUGCUGCUGAUCAUGUUAUGUAUCAAGUGUCCAGUGUCCCUAGGAAGAAAUACUCCUACUUC